AUGACUCGAGCAAUAAAUACUGCGCACCUCGUAGCGGCAGGUCUUUUUCCGCCUUCAUCUUCUCAAAUUUGGAACCCAGACUUACCCUGGAUCCCUAUUCCCGUACACUCAGUACCUACGGAAGAAGACGUUAUGAAUUUUGCUAUGAUGUCUUGCGAAAAUUACUCGAUCGACAGAAAGAAAGCUGCCCAAGAAGUAGAUCGAUUGCUCGAAGUCAUCGGCGACGUCCAAGAUUUCUUCGACUAUUUGUCUUUGAAUACUGGCGUUAAUCACACAAGACCAAUACAAGGCUGGAUUCUUUAUCACCAAUUAGCCGCCUAUGCGAGUCUUGGUCUUGAACUGGAGCCGUGGACGGAUAAAAUAUUUCCUGAUGGAAAGCUUGUGGAUAUAAGCGCAAUUGAAUAUAUUCUUCAAACUUACACUGAUAGGAUGAAAAGACUGAUGGGUGGAAUUUGGAUAAAAACCUUUUUAGACCACGUUGAUGAUUUGCUCAGUGGAAGAAAUGUUGAGCGGAAAGGAUUUUUCUAUGCGAGCAAUGAAAUUCAAGUCGGAGCGAUUUUAAACACUCUUAAAGUUUACAAGCCCCAUAUCCCGGGGUAUGCGAGCACAUUAAUUUUUGAAUUACAUGAAUCUAAUAAUGAAUAUUACGUCAAGGUGGUGUAUAUAAACGAAAACAACCAUACAGAAUUUGUGGUACCAGGUUGUGAGAGCUCAGUUUGUUCAUUGGAGACAUUCAAGAGAGUUUUGAAAAACGUUACAAUGCAAAAUUUUGAUAUAGAUUGUGGCCGUAAAGGAAAUUUUACUAUCAUUGAUUUAUAA